ACUUUGCCUAUGUGUAGCUUGCUGUGGUCAUAUGUCAUCCGACGGUCAAUGAACCCCAUAGAUCCGCAUAUGCCCGAACGAGGCACUGUCACGCUACAUGGAAUCGUGGCUCUUCUAUGUGUUCAUAAGAGCGGAAAAUGACGACCUUUCCCAAGUAUUCCAUCAGUGGCCACUGUUGUAUAACAGCGCGCAGUCACCGCUAACGGGAGCACCCCGCUGCUCGCGCCCAGUGCCCGGAGGGCUUGUUUGACUCACUCACUCACACACACACACACACACACACACACACACACUCACACACACACACACACAGACGUCAUGGGGGUCCGGAACAUGUUGUCCAAUGACAGCAAUGAAGAGGAGGGGAGUGUUACAGGAGUCUCUUUUAAGCGGCGUAGGCUCAGUGAUCCCUGGCCGAUGUCGGGUCCAGAGGAGCUGCCUUCAGUGGGGGAGCCGGUGGAGGAGACGCCCCCCCAGCCAGGGCGCCACCGCUACUACCACGGCUUACAGACCAUGAUCCCAUUUCGCAUGUCAUCAGGAUCCCACCCAUUGGAUGAUGCGGGUUUCUUUGCCUUCGCAUCAUUUGCCUGGAUGACGCCCAUGAUGUGGAGACUUUUCAAGGACCGUCUGGACCGAAGCUCUCUGUUCCUCUCGCCAAACGACGGAGCCAACAUCAACGGAGACCGGAUGGAGCGGUUGUGGCAGGAGGAGGUGUCUCGUGUGGGACUGAAGAAAGCGUCUCUGGGGAGGGUGAUGCUGCGCUUCCAGAGGACCCGCCUCAUCCUCAGUGUCCUCUCCUCCUUCCUCCUGACGGUAGCGCUCUUCUUGGGGCCGGCUGUGUUGGUGUACGAGAUCCUGAGUUAUGCGGAGACCCCAGCGGAGUAUUCCCUGAGCUACGGUUUGGGGAUGUGCUUCGCCCUGUUCAGCUCAGAGUUCUGCAAAGCUUUCCUGAUUUCACUUCUCUGGGCCAUCAACCUGCGCACGGCCACUCGCGUCAAAGGGGCCUUCUCCAUGCUCGCCUUCAGGAACAUCAUCAACUUGAGAAUCAUCACCGGUGUGUCUGUGGGACAGGUCAUCAACGUGCUGACGGCAGAUAGCUACCGGAUGUUUGAGGCGGUGGUGUUUGGCUCCUUCUUGUUCUGCGUCCCAGUGCUUCUGAUUCUCUGCAUCUCCUAUGCCUGCUACGUCCUGGGAUACACAGCCCUCAUCGGAGUCUCUGUCUACCUGGUCUUUAUCCCUGUACAGUUCGGCGUUGCAAAGGUGAUAAACGUCUUUCGGAGAAAGGCUGUCACAAUAACUGACAGCCGAGUGCGCACCAUGAACGAGGUUCUCACCUGCAUCAAACUCAUCAAGAUGUACGCCUGGGAAGAGUCCUUUGAGAAGAAGAUCACAGAAAUCCGUAAGAAAGAGAAGGGACUUCUCCAGAAGGCGGGUUAUGUGCAGAGCAUGAACGCCGCAAACACGGCCAUCGUCCCCACCCUGGCAACCAUCCUCACGUUUAUUGUACACACACUCCUCGGACUCCCCCUGGACCCCUCCACGGCGUUCACAAUCAUUGCCAUAUUUAACUCCAUGCGUUUCUCUCUGGGGUUGCUGCCUUUCUGUGUCAAAUCUCUCGCAGAAGGCACCGUGGCCAUCGCACGACUCAAGAAGCUGCUGUUGCUGCAGAACCCUGAGUCUUAUCUGACCCAGAAGAAGGGGCCAGGAGCGGCUCUGAUGAUGGAGAACGCCUCCUUCUCCUGGAAGUCACCUGACAGCUCACCUGAGAACACGAACAACGAUACACACACUCUCAGAAACAUCAACUUCACCCUGCCCAAGGGAAACCUGCUAGGAGUUUGUGGAAAUGUGGGCUGUGGGAAAAGUUCACUCAUAUCCAGCAUCCUAGAACAGAUGCACCUGAUGAAGGGGUCAGUGAUUGCAGACGGGACAUUUGCCUACGUUUCCCAGCAGGCCUGGAUCUUCCACGGAACCGUGAGGGACAACAUCCUUAUGGGACAGCCUUUCAACCAGCAAAGGUAUAAUGAAGUCAUCAGCACAUGCUGCCUCAAGCCAGACUUGGCCAUACUCCCCUAUGGUGAUAAUACUGAGAUUGGUGAGCGUGGGCUGAACCUGUCGGGCGGUCAGAAGCAGCGGAUCAGUCUGGCCCGAGCGGUCUACUCAAACCGGGACAUCUACCUGCUGGACGACCCGCUGUCUGCAGUGGACGCUCACGUGGGCAAACACAUCUUUGAGGAGUGUGUGAAAAAAGCCCUGAAGGGCAAGUCUGUCAUCCUGGUCACACACCAGCUACAGUACCUGGAGUUCUGUGACGACGUGAUGCUUCUUGAGAACGGUGAGAUUAAGGAGGCGGGGACACACACGUCUCUGAUGAAGGCCCAGGGCCGCUACGCUCAGCUCAUCAACAACUUCCAGCUGGAGCAGACGCAUGAGGAACGUACGGAGCCCCCAGCUGAUCUUCAGCCAACUGAGGUUCCAAAAUCACCUGCAGAUAAAAAUGCAAACAAUGGAGUCAUCAAUGCCGCCUUUGACAUGUCAGAUGAACUGAAGAAAGGAGAAGAGGCAGCACAAACACCUGACAAGACAGAUUCAGAUAACCAGCUGGUCCAACAGGAAGCCUCUCAGGAGGGAUCAGUGACAUGGCGGACAUACCAGCAGUACUGCAAAGCUGCAGGAGGUUAUGUCCUUCUCCUCUUCAUCAUGUUGAGUUUUGUUCUGUUGGUGGGGACGACGGCCUUCAGCAACUGGUGGCUAAGCUACUGGCUGGAACAAGGAUCAGGGAACUGGACAAACGCUAGUAUUGAGAGUGGCUCGGCAGUAGAUGUCUCCCUGAACCCCAACCUCCAGUUUUACCAGAUCGUCUACGGCCUCUGUGUGGUUGCCAUGGUAAUGUUCAGCCUCAUCAAAGGCUACUCCUUCACCCAGAUAACGCUACGAGCCUCCUCCAAACUCCAUGACACCAUGUUCCACAAGAUCCUGUUCAGUCCGAUGAGCUUCUUUGACACGACGCCCACAGGCCGCAUGGUGAACCGGUUCUCCAAGGACCAGGAUGAGCUGGACACGGCCCUGCCCUUCAACAUGGAGAGCUUCCUGCAGUUCUGCCUCAUAGUCACCUUCACCAUCUUGACCAUCUCUGCUGUCUUCCCCCUCAUGCUCAUCGCUGUGUCCGUGCUCGGAGUAGUCUUCACUCUCAUCCUCUACAUGUUCCAGCGGAGCAUCCGUGAGAUGAAGCGUUUGGAGAAUGUGAGCCGCUCACCAUGGAUCUCUCUCACUACCUCAGUCAUCCAGGGCCUCAGUACUAUACACGCCUACGACAAGAGAGAGCAGUACAUCGAGCAAUUCAAACGUAUGGUGGACACCAACUCAAACCACUUCCUGCUGUUUAAUUGCGGCACGCGGUGGCUGUCCUUCUGGCUGGACUUCAUGUCUGCCUUAAUCACCCUGACGGUGGCGUUGUUCGUAGUGCUCAGCCCAGACACCAUCAGCCCCUCCUUGAAGGGUCUGGCCCUCUCCUACACCAUACAGCUCACGGGAAUGUUGCAGUACGUUGUUAGGUUGUCUACGGAACUGGAGGCCAAAUUCACCUCCGUUGAACGUCUGAUGGAGUACAUCACGGGUUGUGUAUCAGAGGCUCCUCGGCGGGUGAAGGGGGUUAACAUUCCGGAAGGUUGGCCCCAACAAGGUUCCAUCACCUUCAAGGACUACAGCAUGCGUUACCGUGACAACACACCCAUCGUGCUCAAUAGUCUACACUUCACCAUCAAGGGAAAAGAGAAGCUCGGCAUUGUGGGAAGGACUGGAUCUGGCAAGUCGUCUCUGGGCGUGGCGUUGUUCCGCCUGUCUGAGCCAGCAGGGGGCACUAUGUUGAUAGACGAUGUGAACACCAGUUCCAUCGGCCUGCAGGACCUCAGGAGUCAGCUGUCCGUCAUCCCACAGGACCCAGUGCUCUUCAUAGGAACAGUCAGGUAUAACCUGGACCCGUUUGAUAAGUACAGCGAUGAGGAGAUCUGGCAGGCACUGGAGAAGACCUACAUGAAACCCACGAUUACAAAGCUCCCUGAGGGUCUUGGGGCCCCGGUGGUGGAAAAUGGAGAAAACUUCUCAGUGGGGGAGAGACAGCUGCUGUGUAUGGCCAGAGCACUGCUGAGGAACUCUAGAAUCAUCUUGCUGGAUGAGGCCACGGCCUCUAUUGACUCGGAGACGGACUCUCUGGUGCAGCAGACCAUCCGGGAGGCCUUCAGGGACUGUACCGUCCUCACCAUCGCCCACCGCAUCAACACCGUCUUACAGAGUGACCGCAUCCUCGUCAUGGACAAUGGACAGGUGGCAGAACUGGAUCCUCCAGAGGUUCUGUUGCAGCGGCCAGACUCUCUGUUCUCCUCCCUACUGGCAGCAGCCAACCAGGUCAACACGUGAUGAUGGACACACACACACACACACACACACACAUGAGACCUGAACACACACACACACACUUACAUGCACACACACCUACACAUACACGCAUAUAAUUACAUACAUAUACAUGCAUACAUGACAUACAAACACACUCACACAAAGUUGGCGUUGUCAUGGAGAUGGCAUAGAGCAGAGGUCACGUGCUUCUGGACCUAUGUGUGUUUUCACCAUUUAAAGGGCCCUGAUAGCUGUUUGGAUGACUUUAUAAUGUGUAUUGUAAAUUAUUUAUUUGAUUUUAUAUGUGUAUUAAUAUAAAAAGCACUGCACAUACACACAUGCACACUCACAGAAUUAUGCGCACACACACAUGCACACACAGACGGGUGUCCCCUGGGCUUUGGAAGCCAGGGUCAGCAGAGACAGAGACACAGCCAGGACAUCUGCAGAGAAGAAAAGACGAUGACGGACACAGGCAGGAUGUCGACUCCACAGAGAAAUGACAGAUGGAGGCAGGGCUGGAGGCCAAGAGCAACAGAGCAGGAAACCUCGAGGAAAUUAUUUUGUAAUAUGACUAUAUCACUAUUAUUAUGAUUCAACUGUUGAAAUGUGCCAUUUUUAUGAAAUAAAUGUUUAAAUUGUUGACAAAAUGGGGGGAAAAAAUGUUUGUUGUGAAAUCACCAAUAUGUCAACAUGUCAGGGUAUUGCUUAUCAUGACCUGCAGAAGUCUCCUGCAGGGCUGUAGUAGAGGCUAAACGCACAUAAACUCUGUUUACCUACCUGCUGAAUUUCAGAAAUGGUGUAUACGCACCUCUAAAUUGUACAUAUGCACCUCUAGAUCACAUUUAUCCACUUCUAAAUAGCUAAUCGUUCUUAAGCCAUUCUAAAUUAAGCUUAUGUCAUUUUACAAUUGUCUAUUGUUUUGUAUUGUUAAUACAUGUUCCUGCACAAAGUGCAGUUUAUCCAAUGUUGGUUCUCUCUUUAUUGUGAUUGAAUAAUCUUUAUAUUA